UUAAUGUUGUGGAAACCAAUGUGGUUUUAAAAAUUUUUAUAGGUUACUGUUUUCAUUUUGUUCCGUUACGUUGUUAAAAUAAGUAUUAUUAAUUAAUAACAACAUAAAAAAUGUAGUACAUACAAUGAACACGUUAAAAAUUUGAAUAGACUCUAUAAACUUUAUGGUGAAUAUAGUUUCACGUGUGUAACCUUAAAAAUAUGGAUUCGAGGUAUGAUAUAGGAAACGGUAAAAACGCCGUUCAAAAAUUCCGAAUAAAAAUUAAACCCAUUCCUAUUGUAUUUAACAAUAAAAACGGACCACCGAACCCUAAAAAGAUAAAAUUGAACAACGAGAAUGGUAACUCUACUUCUACUAACGGCUUCACCGCCAGACCUAAAUUGAGUAUACAAGAUCAAAAAAGAAACUUAUCUGUAUUUGAUAAAAGAAAUAAGUUACUAGAACUCAUAAAAAGACAUAAAACAUUGAUAAUUUUGGGUGAAACGGGUAGUGGUAAAACGACACAAAUUCCACAGUAUAUUUUGUCUGCUAGACUUCAAGAUAAUGGGAAAAUAGCCAUAUCCCAACCAAGAAGAGUGGCUGCAAUAAGUGUCGCCACUAGAGUAGCUCAGGAAUAUGGACAUGGGAUGUCGGUAGGUGAUGUUGUUGGAUAUUCUGUAAGAUUUGAAGACUGUACUUCGACUAAAACGAAAAUAAAAUUUUUGACUGAUGGUAUGCUUCUUAGGGAAGCGAUCUACGAUAGACUUCUCAUGGAAUAUACGGUUGUUAUACUUGAUGAGGCUCACGAAAGAACCAUACAUACCGACGUUUUGUUUGGUAUUGUUAAAAGGGCCCAGAAAAUUAGGGAAGAUAGGAAUUUACCACCGUUAAAGAUAUUGAUAAUGUCCGCUACUAUGGAUGUAGAUCAUUUUUCCCGUUAUUUCAAUAAUUGCCAAGCUGUUUACCUGGAAGGUAGAACUUUUCCGGUGAAUAUCUACUACACAAUUAAACCGUACGAUGAUUAUCAAACUAGUUGCGUAUCGACUUUUUUCAAAAUUCACAAGGAAGCUCCACCGGAGCACGACGUCUUAAUUUUUCUAACCGGUCAGGAAGAAAUCGAAUCUUGCGCCCACAAAAUAAGAUUGUUAUCCAAAGAUCCGGACGUCGAGGGCCCGUCCGUUAGAGUAUUUACUCUAUACGCGGCCCAACCCAGUUCACAACAAAUGAACAUUUUCCAAAAUUCGCCCCCCAAUACGAGAAAAGUUGUGAUCAGUACAAACAUAGCCGAAACCAGUAUCACCAUACCCGGUAUUAAAUACGUCAUCGAUAGCGGUAUGGUAAAAGCAAGAUCUUUCCAUCCGUCUACAGGGUUGGAAUUACUCAAAGUACAAAAGAUCUCACACGAACAAGCUUGGCAAAGGGCCGGUAGGGCUGGUAGGGAUUCCGAGGGGUACUGUUACAGAUUGUAUACUAGAUCCCAGUUCGAGUUGAUGAGGAAAACGACUGUUCCCGAAAUACAGAGGGCCAAUUUGGGAAGCGUCGUUCUACAGCUUCUGGCCCUUGGGAUCCAUGCGAAUCAUUUCGAUUUUAUGGAUAAACCUCCGAAAGAGGCUGUAACGGCAGCUUUUGAUCAAUUGAAAUUAUUGGGGGCCGUUGAGGAUAUUGAUACUAUUAAUUUAACGCAAUUGGGAAAGAGAAUGUCCAAAUUUCCUUUAGAUCCUAGAUUUUCCAAAAUUCUUCUUGCAUCUCAGAAAUACGGAUGCGUUGAAGAAGCCCUCACAAUAGUAUCCCUUUUAAGCGCAGAAUCGAUCUUAAUUAAUCCCGUAUCGAAAAUUAUAGAAGCCCAGGAGGUUAGGCAAAAAUUUUGUUCGGGAUACGGAGAUUUACUCACCCUGUUGAACAUCUAUAGAGAUUUCAAUACCAUCGGACAAAACAAAAGGAGAAGUUGGUGCCACGAAAAUUUCAUCAAUAUGCGGAAUAUUCUCCACGUCCGCGAAAUUAGAGUUCAAUUAGAACAAUUGUACAAAAAAUUCGAUUUAGGAACGAUUUCGUCUUGCGGGGGAGAUUUGAAUAAACUGAGAAAGUGUCUUACGACCGGUCUAUUCAUGAACGUCGCCGAGCUUGUCAAACAUCACCAAUAUGUGACUUUGGAUAAGAAGCAAUCGGUACAAUUCCACCCGAGUUCGACUCUACACAGGCAACAACCCCAUCUGGUACUAUUUACCGAAGUAGUACAAACUAACAAAUGCUAUUUAAGGGGAUUAACUACAAUAGAACCCGAUUGGUUACAAGAAAUAGCACCCGAUUAUAUGAAAACUCAUACUAUCAGGUUCAAUAAUAGAUGAAACUUUUUCGUCUUCCCUUUGUAUAUAUAUAUA